AUGACGGUGCAUCCGCUGUUUGGCGGCGCCAUUUCGCUCACGCUCGACGGCGAGUACCUGGAUGCGAGUCUCGUGCGCCAAGUGCCUGAUAACCAAGAGGUGCUCCUGGCGCGCGACUCGGACGUGAGUGUGAUUCUCGAGGUGCUGCAGUGUGUGGCGCCCGAGACGGACGCGCGUGCGAUGGAGCAGGGCGUGCGCUACCACUUUGACUCGCUUGCGCACGACAACAGUGCCGUGUUCUCUGUCGUUGAUGCGGCCGAUGCAGUCGACGGCGCGGCGCGCGCGGGCGAGACGCCGGCGCCAGCCACGGCGCACGGCCGCCAGACCGUGCCCAAGUUUGGGAAGCACGCGCAGGAAGAGCAGGUCACCAUCUACGUGGCACUAUGGCGCUUGCCGGCGAAGAAUGUCGAUCUCGUGCUCUCGCUCAACGACCCCGCGGGCCGCGCCACGGCCGCGCAGUUCCGCGCGGCCGCCGCGUCGCUGCGCAUCGAGGACUGGGGCCUCUUUCCGUAG